AUGGCUCGCGCUAACUCCGCCGACCUGAGUGGCGAAGGCACGUGCUACCGCGACUUCCAAGGUCGCUUCCGCGACAGUCCUUAUUUCGGCAUGGUUGCGCAGGUUCCUGCGAGCAAGUUCGACAACAGCAAGGGCUGCGGAACGUGCUACGAAGUUUCCUGCACGGGCCGCGCAUGCAAGGGCGGCUCCGUGAAAGUGCGAGCGAUCGGGCAGGCCGGCGAGAACUUCAACCUCGAUACUCCCGCGUGGAACAAACUCGUGGGCGGCCAGGGCGGGCAAGUGGAGGUCACAUACGAUCCCGUGGAUUGCUCUAGCAGCGGUGGAAUGGCGGUGAGACUCGUGCCCGAUGCCAGCAAAUACAACUUCGCCCUUCAGAUUUUCGGAGCGGCGAGGCGCGGACGAGUGGAGAAGGUGGAGAUAUCCAAGGACGGGAAAGAGUGGAAGAGCAUGACGAACAACGGAUGGGGCGCGACGUGGGUGCUGAAUCCCGCCACGGGCGUCGUGGAUGCGGGGCGCGCGGUGAGCGUGCGCGUGUCGGGCAGCGGGAAGCAGGUGGUGCUGGGCGGCGUGAUCCCGAGCCAGUGGAGCGCUGGGCAGAUCUACAAGAGCAGCAAAAACUUCUAG